AUGACGGCGCAACCUGACACCUUCCUCAGCCUUCAAGGCAAAGUGGCCCUCAUCACGGGCUCAGGCAAGAAGAGAGGUAUUGGCGCGGGUAUAGCCACCACCCUUGCACAUCAUGGCGCAUCGGUCGUCAUCAACUACGUCUCGUCAUCUACGGCAUCCUCCGCCGCGGCAGUGGCAGAGGGUAUCUCUGCUACGGGCAGGAAGGUCCUCGUCAUGCAGGCGGAUAUCUCACGUCCAGAGGAAGCCCAGAGACUUGUGACAGAGACGGUCACCGCGUUCGGGAAGAUCGAUAUACUAGUCAACAACGCCGGAACAGGGUUUCCCGGCCCCGUGCUGAGUGCGACACCAGAGUCCAUGGCAACUACCUUUGGCGUCAAUGUCUUCGGUCCUCUGUAUUUGGUUCAGGCUGCAAUAGCGCAUAUGCCACCGCACAGUCGUGUGAUCAAUAUCGGUUCCGUGGCGUCAAAGUUAGGAGUGUCUGGAUCGCCCAUCUAUCUGGCUUCGAAGGCGGCAACGGAUGCGUUGACCCUUGCUAUGGCUGGUGAGCUGGGUCGCGGUCAUGGUGGCAUUACAAUCAACACAAUCUCCCCUGGCCCGGUCGACACGGACGGUGUGCCACCCGCUGUGGCAGAGAUGAUUCACAAGACUAUGGUACCCAUGACCCGGGUCGAAGAACGGGUUGGCACUGUGGAGGAUGUGGCUGAUGCAGUGCUUCUAUUGUGCUCCGAGAAGAGUCGGUGGAUAUCCGGGCAAGUUAUCUCGGUCAGUGGAGGAAUUGUGGGCGGUUGA